AUUACAAAAUUGUUUUUGUCUAGAAUUCACUAAUUUCCCACACCCCAGGCAGUUGGCAGUUUUAUUCAAUUACUGAACUCGCAGGCAGUCCUCCACAGAUGAGGAGUAAAGGGAAGGGGAACGUUUUGCUUAGGGAUCUGGGCUCCAGAUGAUUAAGGGACACUGGACAGCAUGUAUGGGGAACAGAGUGCAGCUGCAAGGCUGGUGGGCGUGAUAAGGCUAUUCUUGCCCUGUGUUAUUCACCAGUUGUCAAUAAAGACAACACAAAUGUUUUACUCAGUUGAAUUUUGCUUUUUAACGGUACAAGGCACUCUUCGAGGAACCGGGGAGACUUGGCUCCUGGAUUUAAUCAGACAGGAAUGCAUAAACAUACUCAUCACAGCUCAGUUAGAUGUCAAAACACUGGGAGAAGGGAAAAGGAGGGGUUGGGCUUCCCCGUCGAAGGAAAAAGAGGACAGAGACGAUGACAGGGCUGAGAGGAGCGAUGGGUGAGACUUCAGGGGCCCAGCUCACCUUUCACGAGCCAGGUGGCCGUGGCAGCUGAAACAGAGGCUUUUGCGUCCCCUACCCCUAUGCCCAGCAAGACUGCGUGGGUGGCCAGGGAGCCGGAGAGGCUGGAAGCAAAGGCCUGGAGAAGAAAAGAAGUGGGGUGAGGAGUAAACGCCGGUGCAUGGAGGUCUGAGAUCUAUCAUCAGCGACCUCAACGGGGUGUGUGGCCUGGGACGUGUCACAGCUCUUCUCUGGGUCUCAGUGUCCAGUCUACAUAUGGGAUGUUAGCUCCCCCACCAAAAAUUGAACCAGAGAUGAAGCUCACAACCCCUGCAUUGGAAGAAAAAGUCUUAACCACUGGACCACCAGGGAAGUCCCUGAAUGUUGGUUUUUGAAUGGAGAAAGAUGUGACUGAAAAUACAUAUCUCUUUAAUGCUGGCUACUUUGUCGGGGGAAGGAGAAAAAUGAUCCACUUUUUCAUGGAACUCAGCCUGGAAGUGUCCAGUCCUCCCAUCUUAUAAAUGGCUCAUCUGAAAAAUUAUGACUGUUAUUGGAACUGGCCUAAUGGAAGCAUUUAUAAGAAUACAUACUUUGACCUAAAUGCAGGGCGUUUCCCUCUUUGGCUGACACUGGACCCCUUGUCUACAUCUAGCUUGGCACAGAGGGACAGCCAGAGACUGAAAAGUGUGGCUGAGACCUACACAGCACCGCUGGACCCGAAGCAGAUGGCCCUUAUUCAGACCAAUAAGGAUCUCAUUUCUAAAGGAAUAAAGGAAUUCAACGCCCUGCUGAAUCAGCAGGUCUUCACUGAUCCUGCCGUCUCUGAAGAAGCCAUGGUGACUGUGGUGAACGACUGGGUGAGCUUCUACAUCAACUAUUACAAGAAGCAGAUGUCGGGGGAGCAAGCGGAGCAGGACAAGGCUCUGCAGGAGUUCCGGCAAGAGCUCGAUACCCUGUCUGCCUCUUUCCUGGACAAAUAUAGGGACUUCCUGAAGUCCUCAUGAGCACCCCCCACACGCUGCCUUUCUCCUGGCCCAGACACCCAGGCUGCAAGUCUAAGAAAACACUUAAAUGCUGCCUCUGUGCUCUAGUCCUCGGGCUCUGCUCCUUCAUGGUGUUGCUGCACCCUGACACCUCAAUAAAGACCAGUUCUGGUUGUGAUGGUC